UCUUUCUCUGUAUUCACGACUGUAGAAUCAAAAUGGCGGACUGGAGAGCUACUAUCGUUGUCUUGUUUUCUCUUAUGGUUCUUCUUCCAGAAUGCUACUCAAGACUCGCAGUUAACGUUAAGACCAAGGCAGGAGAUAUAACUAAACAGGUUUUCGAGUCCUUUCCCGAGAAAGAGCUUGUAAAAAUCUCUUUCAGGCUGAAUGAUGGGAGAUAUAUUGACAUCUCCUUGGAUUUUAGAAAGAAAAUACAAGUUAUCAAAGCCAUAAUUCUUGGUGAGAUGGACAAAGCAGAGAAUCCAUACGAAGCUGUGUGUUUCGCUAUAAAGCUAACUGAUGGGGAGUACGUCACUCCUGAUGCAAUGUCUAAACUACGUCAGAAAAAUCCUGAUACUAUUCGCAGUCCUGAAGUAGAUGUAGGAACUGAAGAGAUUGUGUUGGAUCAACUUGUUCCAGUGACAAAUGCGGGAGUACUUACUGAUCAAGUCUACAGUAUGUGUGAGGAAGUGGGAUUUGUGUUUACUAAGCAAGAAGACAUCAAGAACUUAAUUUCAGAUAACUACACAACUAUACCACUCUUCAUGUCAAGUGUUCAAAACUUGUCCAGCAAUAUGAUUUCCAGGAAGAGAUGCCACGACACUAAGGAGAGCAAAGUACCGUGCAUCUGCCGCCUGCAGGUCUGCAUCAGCUGGUAUCCAUGUGACCUCAAGUACUGCCAAGGUCAAGACAGUGACGGCAAGCCUACCGAGUAUCGCUGUGGUAUCAAGACAUGCGGCAAGUGCCAUGAUCUGGACUACCUGGCCACUGAAAAGAGACAUUGCUUCUGGGAUGAUAACCCCAAAAGCUGAAGUUUAAAAAAUCCACAAUUUUAGUAGGUUAUAGGAUAUGGUAUAAGCUUGAUUUAUAAUGGCAAGUGCUGGACUACCUGGCUACUGAGAAGAGACAUUGCUUCUGGGAUGAUAACCUUAAAAAAUGGAAAAAUCCACACUCUUAGUCGGUUAUAGCAGGGAGUUAUGUUAAAGGAUGUUGUAUAAACUUGAUUGACGGUAGCUAUUGUGUUUUAGACCUUCAAUGUAACAACCCACUUUUGAAAGCAGACAAACUCAUAGAAUUGCUUAGCUGCAUAUUCCCUUUUUUCCAAGAAUGUUGCUUUAGUAAUAAUCGAAACUCAAAGCAGCAUUGUAUAUUCAAAUGUAAAGUGCAUAUUAACCAUUUCAGAGAUUAAUGGAACAUAGUCUAGAUUGAAAAAAAAGCCAACUAUCUUCAUUUUGCAGUGACUUUUCCGGUUUUUAGCUUUUCGGCAAAAAAAAAACUUUUCAUAUAUUUACUCUUGGGCAAAUUUCUCGCGAUUUUUUAAUAUAGUUGUUGUAUUUAAAUCAUAAUCUCCUGGUUUUCGAGCUUUUAGAGUUGACAGCCCUACCUGUCAGGUGUUUUUGUAGAAAUUUAUGUAAUAAAAUACUUAUUUUUUUAAUAUAUACCAGAAUCAAUAUUAUUGUAAAUAUAAGAAAGAAAUUGAAUUAAAAAAAAUAAAAAUAAAACGUUAGUGGA